AUGUGUUUCAUCCGGUUGAAAAUCCCAGGGCGAUCCACUAGGAAGAGCUCUGGGAGAAUCCAACUGUCAGAGCCGACAAGACAAAUGAAUCCCGGUGUCAGGAGCGUGUGGUUCAACGAUGACAGAUUGAGAAGAACUGUCCCCCUCUCGACAGUCAAUAACUCUCCAAUCUCCAAGCUGCAGUUCAUAGCCCUCUCCUUGGAACCUGGGGAGAUGAGAGUAGAGAAGUAUUCGCCGGCCCUGGUGCCUCGCAGAGCAGAGACCAACCUGAGCUUUAAGUACGUACUGGAAGAAAUACCUUUAGUUACAAGAGCCUGGAGUAAUUUUCAGAACAGAGCUACAUGCAGUAAGGAGAAAACAAGAGAAGAGAGAAGAAGGAAAAGGAGUGAAGAAGAAAAGGGAGUGGAGAGGAAAGGAGAAGCUGUCAUUUUUAGUAUCUAUUCAAAGCAAAAGAAUGAACAGAUAAACCACAACACAACAAAAAUGCUGGACUUCGUGGGCACCAACACAUUCACUGUAGAACAAGGAAGGACACUGGGUUUUAAGAACAGCAAGAAACCCAAAGGAAAUGAAUCAGAAGUCAUUGGAAUCCAUCCUUGGAUUCCUUCUCUCUUUUCUCCUAGAGGUACUUUGUGUAACAUCAAUUACCCAGUGAGGAGGUGACCAGCACACAACUCCUAUAUGACGGAUGACAAGGGAAAU